UACUGGACCAGUGGGACGCCGGGAAGGUAAACCGCUCCAGAACACGUCCGGACCCGUGAGGCUGUGUCGCGCGGAGCACUCUGGGAUUUGUAGUUCUCGAGAUGGAGCGAGCUGUGCCGCCCACGGUGCCUCUGGGUCAGAUGGAGGUGUUUCAGGCCCUGCAGCGGUUGCACAUGACCAUCUUCUCCCAGUGUUUUUCACCCUGCGGGAAGUUCCUGGCGGCUGGGAACAAUUAUGGGCAGAUCGCCAUCUUCAGCUUGUCUGCUGCUUUGAGCUCCGAGGCCAAAGAGGAAAGUAAGAAGCCCAUCGUGACCUUCCAAGCCCACGAUGGGCCUGUCUACAGCAUGGUCUCCACGGAUCGACAUCUGUUCAGCGCUGGGGACGGGGAGGUGAAGGCCUGGCUUUGGGCAGAGAUCCUCAAGAAGGGCUGUAAGGAGCUAUGGUGUCGUCAGCCCCCGUACAGGACCAGCCUGGAAGUGCCUGAGAUCAACGCUUUGCUUCUCGUCCCCAAGGAGAAUGCCCUCAUCUUGGCAGGGGGGGACUGCCAGCUGCAUACGAUGGACCUAGAGACGGGGGCCUUCACGGUGAGAGGGCCCUGGAGCGGGCGGGAGGGGGAGGCAUUCUUUCCGGAUCCCAUUCUGACACUGCGCCUCUCCCUGCAGCGGGCCCUCCGGGGCCACACAGACUACAUCCACUGCCUGGCGCUGAGGGACCGGAACCCUGAGGUGCUGUCUGGCGGCGAGGAUGGGACCGUGCGGCUUUGGGAUCUGCGCAUGGCCAAGGAGGUCCAGACAAUUGAGGUCUACAAGCAUGAGGUGAGGGCAUGCCCCCCCCACACCCUGUCCUCCCUUCUCCCUGGGCAUCUCCUGUGCCUUGACCUCCUCCUCUCCUCCCCUCCUCCCUCCCAGGAGUGCUCCAGGCCCCACAAUGGGCGCUGGAUCGGAUGCUUGGCAACCGACUCCGACUGGAUGGUGAGCCAGGCAAAGUGCAAGAUGGGUGGCAGCUCCGGGCCCUCCCAGCUGAGAGCCCGUGGCUUAUGGUGGCGGGGGACCCUCACCUCUCUGCCAGGUUUGUGGAGGAGGCCCAGCACUCACCCUCUGGCACCUACGAUCCUCCACACCCACCACCAUCUUCCCCAUGUGGGCACCACAGAAGCAUGUCACCUUCUACCAGGACCUGAUUCUGUCAGCUGGCCAGGGCCCCUGCGUCAACCAGUGGCAACUGAGUGGGGAGCUGAAGGCCCAGGUGCCGGGUUCCUCCCCAGGGCUGCUCAGCCUCAGUCUGAACCAGCAGCCAGCAGCACCGGAGUGCAAGGUGAGUCCCGCAAGGAGCUGUGGGGUCCUGGGAGGCCAGGGGUGUGGGUAGCUCAGUCGCCCCCCUCUUGCCUCCAGGUGCUGACAGCUGCAGGCAACAGCUGCCGGGUGGAUGUUUUCACCAAUCUGGGCUAUCGGGCCUUCUCCCUGUCCUUCUGACCUCCCGAAGCUGGUGGGGCUGGAGCAGAGGACCUGGAAGAGGCCCUAAGCCCACCCUCUCAGGCAGGGAGAGGGCCUGGGGCCUCAGCGAGCAGGGGUCGGAACUGUUUUUUCUUUUCACAAAAUAAAAUUUCAGGCUUUUC